UGGUGUCUGCUUACACAUUAUCCUUGCACAGUGCUUAUCAGUAGGGGGCGCCAGCAGGCUCAUCACUGUGGGAUUACAAAGCUCUGCCACCUCUCUGACUGACGUGAUGGAGCGCCGCAGCAGCUGUGUGCCAGCCAUCUGCCUGGGAAUAUUAAUAUUUCAACAGUUUCCUUAGAAGGGAAGAAGGCGACUGAGAGCUCUGAUCAUCCACUAAAGGUUGAGGUUCAUUCUGCUACACCUGAUUAUCAUUUUUAAUUGGAUUAAGUGUCACAGUAAUAGCGUCAUCGGCUGCCGCGAAGUGAAUAAUCAUGCUCAUCAACUGGAGGAGUCAAGGCAGUGCUGGGAUUAAAAUGUGUGAAGAACAAAGUGUGCGAAAGGAAAUGCAGAAGUGCAACCCUUAAAGAGAGAGAGAGAGAGAGAAAGAGAGAGAGAGAGAGAGAGAGAGAGAGAGAGAGAGAGAGAGAGAGAGAGAGAGAGAGAAAGAGACCAUCACGCUCAAUGCCAUGGAUCACACAAGUCCAGGUGGCCAAUCGAAUCAUGGUAUCGUUGUUCUUAAUACAUGCUUUAUAAAGUUUGACUAUGAGAACACGAGACGCGUGGCUUAAAUGAGCGGUCCUCCUGAUCUGCUGAGCUGGGCACACACUCAGAUGCAGUAUGUAGUAGGUGUGCAUGUGACAUAUGAUUCAGUCCCAAGACUCCGCCAGUAUGGAAGAGCAGACAACCAUCCUGAUUCAGAUUUAUGGGAAUAGCACAGAGCAGUUAAACAAUUCACUUGAUUACAACUCAACAGAUGUAAAGGAGAACUCGGACACGUAUGAAUUUUAUGUGAUUGGCCUUUUCCUCUCCUGCCUGUACACUAUCUUACUCUUCCCCAUCGGCUUUAUCGGCAACAUCCUCAUCUUAGUGGUUAACUUGAACCACAGGGAGAAGAUGACCAUCCCUGACCUUUACUUCAUCAACCUGGCUGUGGCAGACCUCAUUUUAGUAGCCGACUCGCUCAUUGAAGUCUUCAACCUGAACGAGAAGUACUACGACUACGCAGUGCUGUGCACAUUCAUGUCCCUGUUCCUGCAGGUCAAUAUGUACAGCAGCAUCUUCUUCCUGACCUGGAUGAGCUUUGACCGGUACAUGGCGUUGGCCAGCUCUAUGAGCAGUCGGCCGCUGCGCACCAUGCAACAUGCCCGCCUCAGCUGCAGCCUCAUCUGGAUGGCUUCCAUCCUGGCCACGCUGCUGCCCUUCACCAUUGUGCAGGCACAGCACACAGGCGAGGUGCACUUCUGCUUCGCUAAUGUCUUCGAGAUCCAGUGGCUGGAGGUGACCAUCGGUUUCCUGGUGCCUUUCUCCAUCAUUGGCCUAUGUUAUUCCCUGAUCGUACGUAUCCUCAUGCGGGCUCAGAAGCACAGAGGCCUGUGGCCACGGCGACAGAAGGCCCUGCGAAUGAUUGUGGUGGUGGUGCUGGUGUUCUUCAUCUGCUGGCUGCCUGAGAAUGUCUUCAUCAGCAUCCAGCUGCUCCAGGGCACUGCGGACCCCUUGCAGCGCAGUGGCGCCACCCUGUGGCACAACUAUCCAUUGACCGGGCACAUCGUCAACCUGGCUGCCUUCUCCAACAGCUGCCUGAACCCCAUCAUCUACAGUUUCCUGGGAGAGACUUUCCAAGACAAGUUGCGUCUAUUUGUGAAGCAGAAGGCUGGCUGGUCUGUGGUGUAUCGUUUUUGCCACCACACCCUGGACCUCAACAUCCCAGUCAGGGGGGAGUCCAAGGUGUAGGACCGAACACCAUCCCAGAGCUGAAGAAAUGAGUUCUGAAACUGCUUUCUUAAAGUUCUUCUCUGAUGAGAUGUUAAGAAGAACCAAGCAGACACUCUUCAUUUUUAAAAGAGCCACUUAGGCUGACCUUAAUCUAAAACAACAGACUAACAACAGCAAGUGUGGAGACAUGGUUGACUUAAAGGUUCACAGUUCCACUUGCGUUAGCAACAGCAGAAGCACUGUAUUUGUUUUAUAUAUUACAGAGUGAAAUUGAUACUCAGUGAAUUGGAAACAAGGGGUAUUCAGGGUGAUGCUUUACAAAGAUGUAGAUAUAAUGGAUUAAAUUGCAAAGAGAUAAUGACUGACCUGUUUUUCUAAAAGUAAACUUUAUAGUUAUUAAAAAACAUACAAUGUAUCAAAGCAAUGACUUUUAUACUACAGGGCAUUUAUGCUCAGUGAGCCCAUGAUAAGGGGACAAAUAAAGAAAUACAUCAAAGGACC